AUGGGAUGCACGUCCUCUACGCAAGUCACCAGCAUUGACAAACGCGAAAAGCGUCCAGACCACGGCCACUCAUUCGAAGGGUUAUUUCGAUCGGAGAUGCGCAAGAAUGCUGUGCGCAAGAAUGCUGGGCGCAAGGCGGUGAAUACGACUGUGCUUAGCCAUGUCAUGCCUCAUGAAGCACCUGACAGUGAGCCUGCAGAAUUGUGGGUUGCAGACUUGGAAGACUUUGAUGGUAGUGACACCGAGAGCUUCAGCACAGCUUCCGUCCAGGUCCAUGUCCCAGCACACCUGCAACAGGAUAUCAAAGAGGAGCCCAUCCUCACAGACUUCAGAGAGCCAACGGAAGUUGAACGCUCGUGGGACAUGCCAAGCAUGCAUGAACGUGCCAAGGAUGUUCCCAGAGGCUUCUGUUUUGCUCCAGACCGUGAAAUGCAUGAUCAGCACAGGCACAGGCUUGAAGGUUACCUGAGGAUGAUCGCCAGGAAGCCGCACAGGUUUGAGGCUCACGUCCACAUGAAGAAGAUGCUGAGUGGAAUGGGCCCAGUGGGCAUAGACCGUGUGCAACACUGA